AUGGCUCUGCACCUACUGGUCCUGCUGCUCCUGGGUUCCUCAGGCCGAGGCUGGGCUGACAGCCACCCUGAGGUGCUGCAGGUUCCUGCAGGGGGCUCCAUCCAGGUGCAGUGCCUCUAUGGCCUCCAGGAUACCAGGUCUCAGAAGGUGUGGUGCAGGUUCCUGCCUGAUGGCUGCCAGGCCCUGGGCUCCUCCGCAGUGGACCGCCGGGCCCCGAGGGGCGGCCGGACAUUCCUCACUGACCUGGGUGGUGGCCUACUCCAGGUAGAGAUGGUGACGCUGCAGAAGGAGGAUGCGGGGGAGUAUGGCUGUGUGGUGGAGGGGGCCACGGGGCCCCAGACUGUGCACAGGGUGACUCUGGACGUGUUACCCACAGAGGAGACGGGAAAGGAAGAGACCAUUAGGUCUGGCAGUCUGUCCCACGAUCCGUCCUCUAAGCCGAUGGGCAGCAUCGUCCCUGUGGAUGACAUCCCUCGCCAGGAUGACAAGACUGUCCCCUUGAUCUGGGGCACCGUACUGCUGCUGGGCCUCCUUGUAGUGGCGGUGGUGCUGUUUGUGGUAGUAGCCAGAAAGAGAGGGAACAGGCUUGGUGUCUGUGGUCAAUUCCAGAACAAUGGAAUUUCAAGGAAGGAGCUCCAUUCUACCGCUGACUCCGCCGUCGCAGGAGAUGGGUCCUCAGAUGUGCCAUAUGUUAGGCUUGAUUCACCACCUUCCUUUGACACUACCACCUACUCCAACCUGCCUCUUGGUCCUCUUUCAGGGAAGCCCCCAGCCUCAUCUUCAUCACCCCCUCUGCCUCCUAAGAGAUGCUCCCAGCCUGUGACAUAUGCUAUGGUUAUCUUCCCUAGAGGGGAGAAGGGUGGUGGGGCUCCCUGUGAGCCAGCAGCCCAGGACCCACCAAAUAGCCAGGGUGCACCCAGUUAA